AGGGCCCACGUCUGCUCACUUCAAAGGCUUCCACUCCUCCUCCUCCUCCUCUUCCUCCUCCUCUUCCUCUCCAUCCCUCCAUCCUCCUCCUCCUCCUCGAACAUGGAGGCGCUGCCCUGACGCUCGGAGCCGAGGAGCCGACGGGAGGAGCAGAAUAAAGGAGAAGAAGAAGAAGGUGAGCACAGCCGUAGACCAGCAUGCCGUUGGUGAAGAGGAACAUCGAGCCCAGGCACCUGUGCCGGGGGGCGCUGCCGGAUGGGGUGACCAGCGAGCUGGAGUGCGUCACCAACAGCACCCUGGCAGCCAUCAUCAAACAGCUGGGCAGCCUGAGUCGCCAUGCAGAGGACAUUUUCGGGGAGCUGUUUAAUGAGGCCAACAGCUUCUACCUGAGGAUGAGCAGCCUCCAGGAGCGAGUGGACCAGCUGGCUGUGAAAGUCACCCAGCUCGACUCCACCGUGGAGGAAGUGUCUCUGCAGGACAUCAACAUGAGGAAGGCCUUCAAGAGCAGCACCAUCCAGGACCAGCAGGUGGUGUCCAGGACCUCGGUGCCCAACCCUGUGGUGGAGAUCUACCACCGCUGUGACAAGCCUCCACCGCUGAACAUCCUCAGCCCAUACAGAGAUGACAAGAAGGACGCGCUGAAGUUCUACACUGACCCGUCCUACUUCUUCAUCCUGUGGAAGGAGAAGAUGCUGCAGGCCACGGAGGACAAGCGCAAGGAGAAGCGACGACAGAAGGGCUGUCCGGCCCACCCCGACAGGCCCCACUCCAGACAGGCCCCACCCAGGAGCCCCCUGUCCAUCUCUGAGCAGCAGAAGCAGGUGGAGGACCCGGGUCGAGAGGUCAAGAAGGUGCGUAAGGCUCGGAACCGGCGUCAGGAGUGGAACGUCCUGGCCUACGACAAAGAGUUCCGACCCGACGCCAGGCUCACGCCCUCCCCCUACCACGGCAUGUCGUCUGAAGGCUCCCUGUCCCCCGACAGCAGAUCAAUGGCGUCCGACUCCUACCCAGCGAGCCCCAGCCACCCCCCCACCCAGGCCCCCAGCGCCGCCCACCCCAUCGACCACCACGCCAGGGACCACCUCAGUGCCGCGGCCCAGACUCAGUCUCUGGAUCGGGGCCUCAGGCCGGCCAACCAGCCCCCGGGGGCCGGAGGUGCCGCGGGGGCGGGGAGGCACGCCGCCUCCCUGGGCAGGACCCCCUCCGGACACGGCGUCCUGGCCGGAGGAGAUCCCACGGUUAACGGGCCGAGGCAGCAGUCGGUUAAGGAUUACCGAGCUGCACAAGGGGCGCAGCCCUCCACCAUCCCAGAGUACUACAUCCCACCUGCCCCUCCCCCGCCACCCCCCACCAUCCCCUCUGCCCAGACGGCCUUCGACUCCACCACGGCUCCGCCCGGCGCCGCUGCCGCCUCCGCCGUCCCCCCGACCUCCGCCGCCCUCUCCCGCCCUUACUCCCCAUCCCCUCCUCCUCCCCCGGCCAACUACGUGCCAUCUCCCUCCCACCCUCCUUCAGGCGCACCCCCCGCCGCCCCUCCGCCUCCGCCGCCAGGAAAUCUCCUCUUCCACCAGGCCCACCCGUCCCCUGUGGGCAAGUGCGCCUUGGAUGCGGCGGCACAGGCGAGGAAGACGGCCCUGCCGGGGAUGGUCCCGAUGAGCGACGCCCGCUCCGACCUGCUGGCGGCCAUACGUAGAGGUAUCCAGCUGAGGAAGGUGCAGGAGCAGAGGGAGCAGGAGGCGAAGAGAGAACCCGUGGGCAACGACGUGGCCACCAUCUUGUCCCGCCGCAUCGCGGUGGAGUACAGCGAGUCCGACGACGACUCCGAUGCCGACGAGAACGAGUGGUCCGACUAAAGGUCAAAGGAAGUGACCUUUAGCUCGGUGGGUGGUGGUGACGACGAGGGGUAGCCUGCAGGGGGAGACACUGAGGUGGUGGUGAAGGGGCUCGUUAAUCAGAAACAGGAAAAAAGAUAAAAUUCAAUAGUACAAACAUUCACACACAUUCUCACACUGUGUCAGGUCCCUGACGACACCACCCGGAGUGUACAAUAAACACACACUUACAUUUCAACCCCCCCCCCCCCCCUGCGCCCCCAUCCACUCAUUCUUAACCACCAAGCUGUGAAAGCAAACUCCCUCGAUACAUAUUUAAAUUGAUAAUUAUUAGCAAUAUUGAGGCUCUUAAAGUGAAGAGGAGAGAGUUUACAAAACACAUGGUACAGCACAAGAAUAGUUAUAGUGCAAUCACUUAUCUGCCAAAUGUUGAGAAAGGAUUUAUGAGUGAAGUCGUUUGAUAAUCAGGGAAAAAAGUUUUAUUGGCGGACGACGUUUAUGAAACGUGUGAACGCUCGUUAAGAGACGACACCCGACUCGUGGGAGUUUGGUCAAAAUCUGCAGAACAGUUAUUAUUCAAGAAGAUUAAUGAAAAGCUCAAACAUAAUGAUUUACUGUUUUAAGUUUAAAAAAAAAACGAUAAGAACUCCAAACUCCCGGAGAGUCGGUGUCGUGUGAGGAAAGACGCCACCCGCCAGGACGACGCUGGUGUGGGGAAACCAGCGCCACCAGCAGCCGCCUCCUCACAGAGUUCAGUGAUCACUCAUCGUUCACGUCACAGCAUCGAACCAUCGAGCGAGCGAGCUUCAUUACUUUGCGAUAUUUUUUAUUCUACUUUUUAAUUGUUUGGUCUUUUGUAGUUUUACAUUUCCGCCAGUGACUGUGUGCUGUGGUAUUGGUCGUAUUUAAACGCUUCCACUCUCGCAAAGCUCGCCAUCCCGACCCGGGGUCAAAGGUCACGUCCGCUCUUACAUGUGAGGCUUGGUGAACGCAGCCCCCCCCCACCCCGGACUAUAAAUGCAUACGUAUAAGAGACUUUGCAGCAGUAAUAUCAGUAUAUUCUCUUCUCUCUUUACACUAUGAGCUGAUUGGACUGUGGUGUUUUUAAAAUGUGGUUUUUAUUUUUGCAACGUGCUGCGGUGAGUUGUUCACUUUUCUUUAUUUGAGAGCGACUUACUGGACGAUUCCAACUUUUUCUUUUCCAGGUUCCAUGUGAUUUAUGAAUCUAAUCUCGAGCCAGAGCAAACAUCCCAUAAUCACAUGAGUCGAUCAGCUUUUAACUCUGUUUCUACAUUUGUUGUUGUCCCAUUUGUUUCAGUUUUACAAGCUUCAGUGAUUUCUGACGAUUUUGCAGAUAGUGCCACAGCUUAAAGGCAAAGUGCAUUCUGGGAAGUGUAGUGUUAUUCGACAGUGAGCCAUGGAUUUGUCUUUUCAAUAUGAAACAAGUGAACAGAUGCUGUUCCAUGUUAUUUUAAUUUGUCCAUUCGUGUUGACCUGAGCAAAACAUGCACUUUAAACAGUUUCUAGAAAACAGUCACACUAUUUUCUAAAUUUCACAUAAAAGAUAUAAAAUUGAAACUGUAUAUGAAGAUGGUCGACACGUCUGAAGCUCCAGGAAUUAAGCCAAAAUAUUUGUGAUUUGAACUCGGCCAUCUUGCACUAAUUCAGUGAUUUAGAGCCAAUUUUUUUUCCUUUAUUUUAAAACAGAAAGAUUUACUUGACCAUGAAAUGAGCAGCUUAAAGCUGAUUGGCUAAUUGAGGUCAUCAAAAUGACUCAACUAAACCAGAGAGAGAGCAGGUGAAUAUAUCAAAUAUCUGAAACUAUUUUUAGUGCAUCGUUGCUGUUCUCAUCUUAUUUGGUUUAUUGCAGAAAAUGUCAGGAUUUUGAAACUGAUGGGUCUUUUAGGCAGUGAUUUAGUUGUGUGUAUAUAAAACCACAGGGUAGUUAGAGGAACGUGUCACUCAGCAGCUGCACGCUGAUCACAGCUCGGCCGUGUCGAUAAGCUCCCGGUUGGUUCCCGCUCAAUUGUUUGAGGAAACUGUGCCAACACCUGCAUUUCUGGACCUGAUUGUUGAAUUAAAAAAAAAAGAGCAAAUAUCAAACAGCUCAAAUGUGGAUGUGCUGGAGACCUGGAAUGAACUUCAGCCAGUAAAAUGGGUUCGAGUUCGACUCAAAAUCUGGAGAAGGAACAAUCCAGGUACGACUGUGGUAUCUCGUGGUUUUGUUGUUAUGCAAGAGCCACAGAUGAAGUCAGUGCUAAAAAUAAGCCAGCGUUUCUGGAUCACAGCACUUCACGGCCUUUCAGUGUCCUAGAAUGUAGAGCUGUGACUGAAACACGCCGACAAAACUCUGGUUCUUGCCAUUUCUCAGAAACUGAAAACCACAGUUAACAAACCUGGGAGAUAAAAAGCAGCAAAUCCUUAUUUAAUAUUCUCAAAAAAAAGAAAAAAGAAACCUGAGGCACCAGAUGCAGAGAUGUCAAACCCUCUAUACCUUAUGUAUCUAUGGCUACUUGUGAAGAAACGUCAUCGUGUUGAAAAUGUGAGAAAUUAAUCAUGUUGUAUAGACUUUUGGUAAAGAAAAGCCUGUAAAGUGAAAAAAAAAAUACAUUUGGAGUUAUAUAACCUAGACAACGAAGCAAAAUAAAACUGUGUAAUGCACAUUAAACGCAACUGUUAGCAAGUAUGCAUGUACCUAUAGACAAUAAAUGGUGAAAUCAA